CACAAACUUCAUCACCACCGCCCUUUUUGUUUCUCCACCCGCAGAGAAACGCACAACGCUCGAGCAUCGCUCACCAAGUCUCUACAUUUCGUAUUGACAAGACCAACACUGCAACACAGCCCGAUCGACCCCGUCGUCGCGCACCCCGCACCUACAGCGAAUCUUUAGCACCGAGUCACCCUUCUCCCACAGCUUGUCGACUCCCUCAAGCAGCACACGAUACAUUUCUCACUUGCGUAAACUUCUUGUUUAUGUAUCAGCACGACCAGCUCUCCGUCUCCAGACACCUCCUAAACCUCGCGCUAUUCCACAUACCGCGGAAACCCUCCAGUCCCGACAUCGGUCCUCACGGUUGAUAUUUCUUGCAUUUUUCCAAGUCUCAAAGAGUUGAUGCCUGCAUUACUUUACUUCAGACUCCAAUCUUGUCCCAAUAUCCACAGUCCUAGUCGAAUUUAACAGUUCGACAAUAUACCAAACCCAAAAAAACAAAACGUCUUUUUUUAACACAUCAAACCCCCCAACCGCAAUCAUGGCUACCGUCAACGUCCGCCGCGAUGUCACCGAUCCCUUUUAUCGUUACAAGAUGGAGCGUCUCCAGACCAAGGUCGAAGGCAAAGGAAACGGUAUCAAGACCGUCGUCGUCAACCUGCCCUCUGUCGCCCGAACCCUCGAUCGCGACUCCAACUAUGUCAUCAAGUACUUUGCCUUUGAGCUUGGUGCCCAGACCAACACCGACCCGAAGGAUGAUCGUUGGAUCAUCAACGGUGCCCACGAGUCUGCCAAGCUCCAGGACCUCCUCGACGGCUUCAUCAAGAAGUUUGUCCUCUGCAAGAAGUGUCUUAACCCCGAGACUGACUUUGUCAUCAACGACCCCCGCAUCUUGCUCGACUGUAAGGCUUGCGGUCAGCGCACUGAUGUCGACUUGCGCCUGAAGCUCAGUGGCUUCAUCAUCAAGCACCAGGCCAAGAAGGGCAACGACAAGGCUGCCAGAAAGGCCGCUCGCCGUGCCAAGAAGGCCAGCGGUAACGUCACUGCCGGUGAUGCUAGCGAGGACGAGGAGGAUGACGCUCCCACCAACGGCAACGGCCACGCUGCCAGCGAUGAUGAUGCCAUCCCCGCCCCUGCUGUUGAGGAGGUUGUCGUCCGUGACGAUGAGUGGGCUGUUGACAUGAGCGAGGAUGCCGUCAAGGCUCGCCAGGCCAGACUCCCGGACGAGUUCAAGCAGAAGCUGAGCCUUGACGAUGACGAGGAGGCCGGUGGCCGCACCACCUACGACGACCUUGCCGACUGGGCCGAGGCCGAGGCCGAAGCCAAGGGCGGCAUUGACAAUGUCGACUCCAUUGCUGUGUACCUCAAGGCCAAGGAGCUGGGUAUUGAGGGCAAGCACAAGGUUGUUGCUGUGCUGAUCCAGGUGCUCUUCAACGAGAACAUUGUCGCCCAGAUCCCCAAGCGCGCUGCCAUGCUCAAGCAGGUGAUUAACGGUGAAAAGUUUGAAAAGGCCCUUCUUGGUGGCACCGAGCGUCUGCUCUUCAUUAUGUCCCAGACCAAGCCCGACGCCUACUCUCUCAUUGUCAAGAUUCUUCAGUUGUACUACCACCACGACUUGAUCACCGAGGAGGUUGUCCUGCACUGGAGCACCAAGGCCAAUGUCAAGUACGUCGAGCGUGACGUUGCCAAGAAGAUCCGUGCCGCUGCUGAGCCCUUCAUCACUUGGCUCAAGGAGGCCGACUCUGAGGAGGAGUCUUCUGAGGAGGAGGAUGACGAGUAAAUGGCAAGGACUGGCCAUUCUCUGAAUACGGUUACCCUUUGUUUUGUCAAGUAGUUAGCUAGUUUAUCAAUGUCGACCUUCAAAUUUCCAU